GGGGAUUUGAGUCGAGGUCAUUAGUAUUGCGUCUUCAUUCUUUCGUUUUGUAGAUAUUAUUGUAGCUGAUCGAACUGCUGUUGCUCAACGAUAGUACUUCUUUUAGGGUUCAUUAAAAGUCUUGUGAAAGUAGAAUAAAAUUCGAACUGUCGCUGGCCGGACGCUAUACUAUUGGUGUUUUUUUGUCCGUAAUACUUCUGAACAGUGAACACAUCUAUUUCACAGAAUACCUGAAGAAAGAUGAGCGUGUUUCUGUUUAUCCCAAAUAUACUUGGUACGAAACGUUCAUCUAUGUCACUUUUUAUGUGGUAAAUUUUUUUGCGUACUUGGAAUACUAUAAGAAGUAAUAUUUUGUCAGAUCUUCAUUGCCUAAAUUUUCUUUUUAUAUUACUAUUUUAUAUGUGUACCAUUGCAUUUCGUGCGUGGUAUUCACUGGUUUUAUAUGUGGUCUAGAUGUUUGUUAUAGAACUAAUACGAAUUUUCAUGUAGUUUCCAACGUCCGAUCUGCUAAAUGUUAGUAUUCUCAUUUUUCACUUAGUUCCUAUUAUAAUAUAAGCUGCUUGCCUUUACACUAUAGAUUUUUCGGAUAAAUAUCUUUGCCGGCAUUUUGUGUCCGAGUUAUUCAUUAGCAGAUUGUUGUUUCACCAUUCUUAUUCCAUCGACACGUGGAUUGGGUCUUCACGAGCGGAUUGAAAUGUGCUAGUAAUCUUUCGGUACAUCAAUACACGCGAAACAUAUCCAAGCUAAUGGUCCAUAGUUUUGAAUUUUUGGCGCGUUUUGCUUUGUAAUAAUCAUCAGGAGUCUUUCUUUUUUUGCUGUUUUAUUACCACAGCAUAGGAACCUAGAAAAUACGUUAGAUAGGAAGCAUUGUGCUUAUAGUCUUAUAAGUGUUUUUGGAAACGUUUCACCAGAGUUCUCAAGCGUCACCCUAACCUGUAUCAAACUAAACAGUCUUUUUCAAGAAUAGCCACAAACAAAGCAGCCAGGUUUCAUGUGACCUGCUUGUCUCAACACUGAACUACAGGUUACAUACGAAUCGUACUUCUGUUUCAAGCAUGUUAUUUUAUGAAAACUAAUUGUGAGCUGACUCUUCUGACGUACAUCAUUUCGUGUCUAUUGGAUGCGGUAGAUGGUUGUGCUGCACGCGCGCUAAACCAAAGUACGAAAUUUGGUGCUAUGUUGGACAUGAUUGUUGACCGAUGCUCGACAAUGUGUUUAUUGGCUUGUCUUACUUAUUUUUAUCCAUCAUACAUGCUUUUUUUUCAAUUCAGUAUGAUUGUGGACAUAGCUAGCCAUUGGUUACAUCUACACAGUUCUGUUUUAUCGGGAAAAUCAAGUCACAAAUUUAUAGAUCUUAAAGCAAAUCGAUUUCUCAAAUUGUACUAUACAAAUAGGGUCAUUCUUUUCUUGAUGUGUGCUGGAAAUGAGCUUUUCUAUACAACGCUCUAUAUAUACCAUUUCUAUACUGGACCAAAAAUAUUUGCUUCGGGAUUAUGGGGCAUAGUGAUUUGUUUAACAGCACCAAUAGCAUUUCUGAAAAUGUUGAUUAGCCUCAUUCAGCUUCAUGCAGCUUGUGUGAAUAUGGUUUCACUGGAUGAACUAGAAAGAUCUCAGAAUAAAUCAGAUUAGUUACGUCUGCUGUUGUUAAUUCGAAAGAACGAGGUAUAUAUGUAUGACUAAAUAAAUACUAUUCCAGUUAAUAUAUGUCUAUAACAUUCCGUGUUUGAACUAACCUGAGUAAUUUUUAAGUACAUUAUCUUGUGUUGUAAGUCCCCUUGUAAUCUUUUUAUGAAUACUAAAAAGAUAAAAAAUUUGUGAAACUGGUUCGAUGUUAAACUACUUUGCAUUCUCAAACUCAUUCAUACUUUCAAUCAAUAUUACAGAACUGCUUAUUUUCCCUCGUAUAUUUGCUCUUACUGUUUGCUUGUUAUUUGCGUUGUUUUUAUUUUUGCAUUUCCUAUUUAUCUAUCAUCAGGUUAAUUCUAUUUUCUCUAAACUUUUGAAAACAUUAAUUAUACUAUCACUUGUAAUGUAUUACACAUGUCAUACCUAAUUUCAGUUAUGAAUUUUAUUCUUCACUUAAUGUUGUGUAGUUUACAAGUUUUCUAUCUCAACAAGUACUUUACGUUGUAUUUAAUUUAAUUGUCCGUGAUAUAUUACAGCCUAAUAUUCUAUGUUUUUUGCCAUAGUGUUCAAGACGUUAGUAUUAAAACCAAUAUAACUGGACUGGAC